UCUUAACAACAUGUUAGUUAUUUCUUAUUAUAUUUAAAAUUUGCGAUAAAAUAACAUUGGAUUUGAUGAUUUUUAAUUUUCUCUUCGAUUUUAAUAUGAAGAAUAUUAUUCUGAUUAUUUCAAUUUGCCUCAUUUCUGUUAAUGCCAAUACAUUAAGAAAGUGUAGAAAAGAAACAGGCGUUUCUUCUGAAUCCUUGAAAAAAUUAAGAGCUGGUGACUUUAAUGUUGAGGAUCGAAAUUUAAAGUGUUAUUUACGUUGUGUUUUAAUUAAACAUCGCGUUCUUAACGAAAAGAAUGUAAUAAAUCUUGGCAAAGUUUUGAAAUUUUUCCCUCAAAACUCUCAGGCUCGAGUGCGAAGUAAUUUUGAUAAAUGCAAAGUCAUUACUGGCAAAGAUAAAUGUGAUAAAAUCUUUCAAGUAGCAAAAUGUUUCUUUAAAUUAGAACCGGAAAUCCUGAAAACAGUAUCUUCUGUGUUGGUUUAAAUUUUCAUAAAAUUUGAAUUUCGUUAAUAAAAUGAAAUAACUAAAAUUCAUGAGCAUAAAAAUACUAUUGAAAUUUUUUUUUUUUCUUUUUUAUUGUCAUUUGAUUUAUAUUUUGUUGCCAAUGAGACAAUAAAUCCGC